AUGAGGGUGCUGCAGGAGAUAAUGCAAAGGAGCUCCAGCGAAUUGGACACGCAGCAACAAGAACAGUUGUGGGAGCUGUUAGUGGAGUUCCGGGACUGUUUUGCCUGUAAUGAAGGGGACCUGGGUCAGACUACCCUGAUGCAGCACAAUAUCGACACAGGGGACGCAGCGCCCAUACCUCAGCGACCAAGAUGCAUGCCCUUAGAACGGCAAGAGGCUGCGGAGCAGGCAUUGGUGAAGAUGCAGCGCGCCAGUAUAAUAGAACCUUCUGAGAGCCCUUGGGCAUCCCCAGUAGUCAUGGUCCUGAAGAAGGGAGGGGAGUGGCGCUUUUGCGUCGAUUACUGGAGACUCAACGCAGUGACAUGGAAAGACUCAUACCCUCUUCCCCGUGUGAAUGAAUGUUUGGACCUUGUGACUGGCUCUCACUGGUUUUCAUCAUUGGACUUGAGGUGUGGGUACUGGCAGGUGCCGCUGAUGCAAGAAGCUCAUCCCAAGACAGCUUUCUGCACAGGAAUGCAAGUAUUGAGAGCGCAGAGAAGCCCGAGAGCUGGAGCUGGAAGCGGUGGGCCUGAACUGGUCUGCCGGGAGCUACAAGAGGUGGCUGUCACUCAAUGGGUCGAUAAUCAGAGGCAGGACCCAGACCUGCAGCCUGUGAUACUGUGUGUAGAGACACAGCAGCGGCCGCCAUGGGAGGAGGUAGCGGCCCUCUCCCCAUUCACCAAGGGAUUGUGGGCCAAGUUCAAAUGUCUAUGGCUGAUAGAUGGGGUUCUCCAGCGAGCAUGGGUGGUGCCAGCAACAGGAGAAAAGAGAUGGCAAGUCAUGGUGCCUGGGGACAUGCAAGAGGCAGUGUUAAAGGCCAUGCAAGGAUCUGCUGGAUCAGGCCAUUUUGGGGUGACAAAGACACUUCGACGUCUGCGUCAGGGCUUCUACUGGGGACGGUUGAGGCGUGAUGUCGAGGACUUCUGCAGGUUCUUGGUCAGUUUUAUCAUGUCGGAACAUGCGCGGGACGCCGGACGUGCACUUGUUGAAAAACUCAAGGCAAGUUUGAUUGUAAAAGGUCCCUCUGGUCCCCUGGUUGCUCCUCUGGGAUCCUCCGUGGUUUUGCCCUGUUGUGUUGAUGAACUUUUAUCAGUGGAGGGUCUGGAGGUGGAAUGGAGAAAAACAGACUCAGAGACUCUGGUUCAUCUGUAUCAGGAUGGUGAGAGUCGAGCAGAAUCCCAGCAGCAGGAUUAUCAGGAUAGAGCUCAUUUCUUUACUGAAGAGAUUCAACAUGGAAACUUCUCCCUCCGGCUGGACAAACUGAGAGCUGAAGAUGAGGGACAGUAUAAAUGUAAAGUUUACAUUCAGCAAGAUUCUGGUGAGACUGUGGUUGAAAUUAAAGAUGUUGAGCGUUUGCUAGUAUCAGGAUCGAGUCGCUCCAUAUCUGCGUCUGUGGGUGAAGACGUCACUCUGAACUGCUCUGUAGACUCUCACAUCCCACCUGAAGACUUUGAGGAGGUUUCAUGGAAGAAAAUAGAUGAAGAUAUUCAGGUUCUGCUCUACCAAAACAGUGAGGCACAUUCAUCAAAUGAGCGAUACAUAGACAGAGUUGAGCUCUUCACUGCUGAAAUCCCCAAAGGAAACUUCUCUCUCAGACUGAAGAGCAUCAGAACUGAGGAUAAAGGAGUUUACAUGUGUAAAGUGUUUGCUGGGGGACUUUCAGCCAAUGCAACUGUAGUACUGGAGCAACUGGGUUUCUCAGUUUUACACAUAAUGAUGCUGAUUCUCUGUAUUUCUGCGUCUGGAUCUGCACUCCUGCUCUGCUGUCUGAUCUACUGCAGAUCUCCUACUAAAGGUUUAUUUGGCCAGCAAACAUAUGGUCAAUAUUUUAAUCUGGGAUCUUCAGUGGUUUUGCCCUGUCAUGUUGACGAAUGCUUAUUAAAGAAAAAACUGAAGGUGGAAUGGAGAAGAAAAGACACUAAGACUCUGGUUCAUCUGUAUGAAGAUGGUGAGAGUCGAUCAGAGAAACAGCACCAGAAUUAUCAGGAUAGAGCUCAUUUCUUUACUGACGAUGUUCAACAUGGAAACUUCUCCCUCCGUCUGGACAAUCUGAGAGCUGAAGAUGCUGGAGAAUACAUAUGCAAAGUUCACAGUGACCUUUUUACAGUGACCAGGACAGUAGAGACAAGUUUGGUACCAGGAUUCAAAGUGAAAGGUUCCUCUGGUAAUCAGAUGGUUCCUCUUGGAGGUUCAGUGGUUUUGCCCUGUCAGGUUGACGAAAGCUUGUUACAGAAAAGUCUGAAGGUGGAGUGGAGAAGAACAGACUCCGAGACUCUGGUUCAUCUGUAUGAAGACGGUGAGAGUCGACCAAAGAAACAGCACAAAAAUUAUCAUCAAAGAGCUCAUUUCAUUACUGAUGAAAUUAAAGAUGGAAACUUCUCCAUCCGACUGGAAAAAGUGAGAGCAGAAGAUGCUGGACACUACACAUGUAAAGUUUACAGUGACCAGGAUUGUGUGCAUUCAGCCGACGCAGAGGUCGAGAUACUGAGGUUUGAUGUUGAGUGUUCUCGUUACACACUUGCUCCUCUGGGAUCUUCAGUGGUUUUGCCCUCUUAUCCUGAUGAAUCUUUACCAGUGGAGGGUCUGAAAGUGAAAUGGGAAAAAGAACAUGCUACUGUUCAUCUGUAUCAGGAUGGUGAGAGUCGAGCAGAGGAACAAGAUGAAGAUUAUCAGGAUAGAGCUCAUUUCUUCACUGAUCAGAUUCAACAUGGAAACUUCUCCCUCCGGCUGGACAAUCUGAGAGCUGAAGAUGAAGGAGAAUACAAAUGUAGAGUUUACAGUCAGCAGAAAUCUGUGUUUUCAGCUUGGACAAAUUUGGAACUGAGAUUACUAGGUAAGUCAACAGAUAAAAAUACCUAAUCUUGUAGCCUUAAUCAAUGGGUUAAUUUAAUAGUUUAGUUUUAUAU